GCGCGAACUGGGCAUGCCCAGAAGUGCGUAGACAAACCCGACAGCUCUGGUCUGCGGAAGACUCUCCCCUACGCCACCCAUGGAGCGCAUCGAGGGGGUGACCGUGGGCCUCUGUUCUCGCUCGCCCUACCUGCGGCCUCUCACGCUGCAUUACCGCCAGAAUGGUGUCCAGAAGUCCUGGGACUUCGUGAAGACACAUGACAGUGUGACCAUUCUCAUGUUCAACUCCUCCCGGAGAAGCCUGGUGUUAGUGAAGCAGUUCCGGCCAGCUGUAUAUGCAGGCGAGGUGGAACGCCUUUUCCCAGGGUCUCUGGCAGCUGUGAACGGGGACCAGCCCCAAGAACUCCAGCCAGCACUGCCUGGCUCAGUGGGAGUCAUGGUGGAACUCUGUGCUGGCAUCGUGGACCAGCCUGGGCUCUCACUGGAAGAAAUAGCCUGCAAGGAGGCUUGGGAAGAAUGUGGCUAUCACCUGGACCCCACCGAUCUGCGCCAAAUUGCCAUGUACAUGUCUGGAGUAGGACUGACUAGCUCCAGGCAGACCAUGUUCUACGCAGAGGUGACAGAUGCCCAGCGAAGUGGGCCUGGUGGAGGCCUGGCUGAGGAAGGAGAACUCAUCGAGGUGGUACAUCUGAACUUGGAUGAUGCCCAGGCCUUCGCAGACAACCCCAAUAUCCCCAAGACUCUCGGCGUUAUCUUUGCUAUUUCUUGGUUCUUUAGCCAGGUGGUUCCCCACCUGAGUCUCCAAUGAGACCCUGGGACUGGACAGGCUGAUCCCACCCACUUGUCCUUGUGCUCUGCACACUCAAUAAAGCCUGUAUAAUUUUCACUGA